GCAGAGACCACCACCACCACCAAACACCAUCACGACGACGCGAGGAUCUAUCAACCGGAACCGCCAUGGGCGUCGCGUCGAGGAGAGCCGCGGCGGCGGCGCUGCUGCUGGUGGCGGUGGCCGUAGCGUCGGCGGCGGCGGGGGCCGGCGCGGAGGAGGGGCAGCAGCAGCAGCUGGGCUGCUUCUGCGACUGCAUGAAGAACCAGUGCAUGACGCUGGGCGCGGGGCCCAACAAGUUCGACUGCGCCGCGGCCUGCACCGAGGGCUGCACGCAGAUCGGGCAGCCGGGCCAGCCCAAGGACAACGACUUCUGCGGCUUCUGAUCUUACGAGGCCCGCUCUCCGGCCCACAGACAUGACGGGCCGGCCCAUCUACUGGAUCAGUUCUUCUGUUCCUUGUUCUAUUUAACAGUUUUCCCUUUUUCUCGAGAGGGCUUGUGCCGUGCACGUAGGGAAGGAGCUUCGAAAACAGCGUUACAGCAUAUGUGUAUCAUUAAUCACAGGGAUGUUUUUUUUGAGGUUUCUA